UUGGACACUGGACGUGGAUCGACUCCGGACUCAGCAUCUUCCAGAUGACCACCUACACCGACAUGAUGUCCGACAUCUGGCCGCCCAUGAGAGACAGGUCUACGAUCAAGCAGAGCGGCUGCCUGCAGCUGGACCGGCACACGACCAACGACCCCGUGUUCCUCGAGGCGCGCUGCGAGCGGAGAAUGCAGUUCAUAUGCUACAAAAGCGUUCCCGGAAUGCGGCGACCGAUUCCGAUCCCCAGCGACGACAACUAUUACUACAUAUUGGUGCGUCAGCUCUACUACUGGCAGCAUGCAUAUGAGAACUGCCUCAAGUUGAACGGAACGCUCGCCAGCAUCGAUAGCAACGAAAUUCUGGUGCAGUUGCUCCUUGUUAUGGGAGAAAACAAGGAUGAACCCGUUGAGCACAUUUGGAUCUCCGGUCGGCUGAACAUGACGAAGGACCCCAACUCGGACCUGGUGACAUACGCGUGGCAGAACCCAAUCACUGGCAAGAGGAUCCCUGACUCUAAAAGCGAAGGGGAAGCGAUGUUCGCGUCUUUUCACGCAGACCACCGCGCACUGCACCCCGGGACUCCCUGCCGCCUCCACAAGCCCGCCACUGAACCCGGCAUGACGGCGGCUUCAGACUCUCCUCCCCAAGAUAAUACUCCCCCACAUGAAGUCGGUACCUCUUCGUAUUUGCCACCGUGGCUGGAUGAAGAGUUCUCCAUGGACAACCCUUGCCUGAACUUGGACCGUCAGGAUCAUCUCAACGGCUUGGUAUACGGCAUGUCCUGUGAUACUCCACAAUACUCCAUUUGCAUGAUCGAAAAAUCCCCGACAAAGACUGGAUCCAAAGAGAACUUGAUAGAAGGGAAUUAUUCUACCUAACAUUGUGUUCACAUUAGUGUUGAUUCUCCUCCUGCUGCAGAACAUACAGAAUUUAUUUAACUUUCAAUGAACAUAAUAAAACUGUUCAACAAU